AUGGCGUUCCACAAGGUGCUCAAGUCCUCGGCCUACCACUCGAGAUUCCAAACCCCCUUCCGCAGAAGAAGAGAAGGUAAGACCGACUACUACCAAAGAAAGAGAUUGGUCACCCAACACAAGGCCAAGUACAACUCGCCCAAGUACAGAUUGGUCGUCAGAUUCACCAACAAGGACAUCAUUGCCCAAAUUGUCUCGUCGCAAAUCACCGGUGAUGUUGUUUUGACCGCUGCCUACGCCCACGAAUUGCCCCAAUACGGUAUCAAGUUCGGUUUGACCAACUGGUCCGCCGCCUACGCCGUCGGUCUUUUGGUUGCCAGAAGAGCCCUCAAGAAGUUGGGCUUGGACGAAACCUACGCUGGUGUCGAAGAAGUCGAAGGUGAAUUUGAACUCACCGAAGCCGUUGAAGAUGGCCCCAGACCCUUCAAGGUGUUCUUGGACAUUGGUUUGCAAAGAACCACCACCGGUGCCAGAGUCUUCGGUGUCCUUAAGGGUGCCUCGGACGGUGGUAUCUUCGUCCCCCACUCGCCCAACAGAUUCCCCGGUUGGGACAUUGAAUCGGAAGAAUUGGACGCCGAAUUGUUGAGAAAGUACAUCUUCGGUGGCCACAUCGCCGAAUACAUGGAAGAAUUGAUGGACGACGAUGAAGAAAGAUACAAGACUUUGUUCAGAAACUACAUCGCUGACGAAAUCGAAGCCGAUGACAUCGAAGAAGUCUACGCCAACGCUCACGAACAAAUCAGAGCCAACCCCGAAUUCAAGCCCACCGAAAAGAAGUUCACCAAGGAACAAUACGCCGCUGAAUCGAAGAAGUACCAAAAGAAGAAGCUCACCCGCGAACAAAGAGCCGAAAGAGUCGCCGCCAAGAUCGCUGCUUUCAAGGCCGACGAAUAA